AUGGAGCCCACCAACGAUAUCAAGGGCCUCAUCCGCCAGUCACCGCCCGUCGAUGUGUCCAAGCCCUACGAUGCCACAACUCUCAAGGGUAAGACUAUUGUCAUCACUGGCGGUGCUAAUGGUCUUGGUUCUUACAUGGUUCGCGAAUGGGCAUCGCAUGGGGCAAAUAUCAUCAUCGGCGAUGUCGCUGACGCAGCGGGCGAAAAGCUCGUAGCUGAACUUACAACUCAGUAUCCGGACUCAGCUUUUGCCUUUCAGCAUUGCGACGUCACUGACUGGGAAUCACAAGUCAGCCUCUUUGAGACGGCUGUUCACGUCAGCCCGCAUGGAGGCAUCGAUAUUGUCGUCCCCAAUGCCGGCAUCAUCCUUCCCGACGUCUCUAUUCAGUUCGAGGAGCCUACUCUCAAGAAUGGGCGUCUUCCAAAGCCCAACACGGCUCAGUUCGACGUCAACAUCACUGGUGCUGCCUAUACCACUCACCUUGCCAUGUACUGGCUCCCACAGAAUGGAUCUUCCCCGCGAGAUCGUUGCCUGCUUCUGGUCGGCUCGCUUGCGUCUCUUUGCCCUUUCCCAACUCAAACCAUGUACACGAUGAGCAAGCAUGCUAUUCUUGGGCUCUUCCGCACUCUUCGUGCUACGUCUUUCCGGAGUGGCGUUCGUGUCAACAUGAUCACUCCCUACUAUGUCUCCAAGUCCAACAUGCUCAAGCUCCCCAUCGAAACAGCCUUCCUCUCGGGCACAGCAGGCGGGGCAAUGAUCGAGGAUGUCAUUGAUGCUGCCACUCGCCUCAUUGCCGAUGAAGAGAUUGCGGGUCGUGCACUCUGCGUCGGUCCCAAGCUCAAGUCCGCUGGUGUGGAUGGUGUGGAGGAUGUAGAUGCUCUCAUGACCGUCCAGGACUCUGAGAACAACGGACAAGGGCGUGCUGUAUGGGAGUGCUACGCCGAUGACUAUGACAACGUUGAUGCGUUUGUGAAACGCUUUAUCUUACUUCUGAACGCCGCUGAAAGAGUCAAGGGGUGGUUUGGUAUUUUCACUGACAUUUGGGGCAUGCUGCGACGCAAGUGA